AUGUAUGCGUUCGGCGGUGGCGGCAACGCGGAUAUUUUCCAAGGAUCGUACAAGGGCAAAAUGGUCGCUCUCAAACGUCUUCGUACUUUCAUGCAUGAUGCGGACAGGAACGCCAUCCAUCAGGCACUGGGACACGAGGCAGCGAUAUGGCGCCAGCUGCAACACUCCCAUGUCCUUCCGUUUCUGGGAAUCGACGCUCAUACUUUUGCGCCGCAUUAUGCACUAGUCUCGCCUUGGAUGAAGCACGGUAAUCUGGUAGAAUAUAUCAAGAGCAAUGCUGCGACCAGUACUGUCAUCAAUCGCUUAUUAAAACAAGCAGUGGAAGGGCUUGCAUAUCUGCACGAGCAAGGGAUUGUGCACGGAGAUCUGAGAGCUGCCAAUAUAUUGAUCAACGAGAGUGGAGAAGCCUGUCUCGCAGACUUUGGACUGUCUCGCCUUAUUGCAGUGUCCUUGGCUACAUCAAGUCACAGGCAUACGAAUGCCCGAUGGACCUCACCUGAGCUUCUGAAAGGAGAAUCACACUCGUCCGGCCCACCUAGUGACGUUUACGCCUUCGGCUGUGUGUGCAUCGAGGCGUAUACGUUGAAGGUCCCCUUCUGGUCCGUCCAGAAUGAUGCUGCCGUCAUCGGAAAGGUCAUAUGCGGCGUCAUGCAACAACGUCCUGGGUUGGAUGAAUGCGCAGGAAAUGCAAUCUCUGAUGAUAUGUGGGAGCUCAUCGAGAGUUGCUGGAGAUCAGAACCUUGGAGGCGUCCCAAUGCCGUUCGCGCUUGGCAUAUUAUGCAUGCUAUGUUCGAUAAAGCAGCAGCGGUACGGGACGUACCACGAUCACAGAAUUCGCAACUCAAUACUAACCUGGUGGCCGAUUUUACCAGUCGCGCACCUGGCGAGCCUUCACCCAUACGACCAAAGCCUACGUUGCGCUUCCAGCGAGCUCCGGAUUGGGCAAACCGGAUGCGCAUGGUGUGGCGAGGGGAUCGUCUUCCUGAGGACGUCCAGGAACCGGAAUCGCCAAUGGACGACGACGAUGGACCCUUGAGUCAGAUCACGAAGACGCCUUCGUGGUCCGAUGCGUCCUUGCCAUCACCGACAGGGGCGGUCGUAGAACCUCUGUCCGACUCUUUCGAGAUUCCGCUAUCCAGGGACCUAUGGCGACGCGCAAAUGUCCAAGAAACCCGAGACCGACAUCGUCCUGAAGUGAGCUCACCACCUCGAAGGGGUGAAGAUCGCGAUACGACGCCUCAAACCAAGUAUGCUACCCACAAUCUCCCCGUUGCCGCUGUCAACCAACUGAAGCCAUCGUAG